AUGGCGGCAGCUGCGGUGCUGCCAGCACCCACGCAGUUCAAAGCGGCUCGAGCCGUGGUGGCGGUAAUGGAAGCGUACCGCGACGCGCGCGUGCAGUUCGUCACGAAAGUCGGCGAACUCGCCGUCUCGCCUCAGGUGCGCCUUAGUCUCAAACGCGGAGGCUCUGCUGUCGCCCGGCGCGCUGCAGCUGCUGCUGCCGCUCGCGCAGGACAGCAUGGCGUGCGAUCCUCUGCGACGCUGUCGCUGGGUCGCCUGGCGAAUGUGUCGCACGCGUGGUCGCACCACCUCGUGCAGCGCAACGUGCUGCCGUCGCUCUGCAAGGCGCUCACGUCAGACGAGGCUGUAGCGCGGAUAGCCCUCUCAGUGCUGCUGAGUGACGUGGCACGCCACUCGCUGCUGCAUGCUACAGCCGUGGCCGAUGCAGGCGGCAUCACCGCCGCCGUCUCUCUGUUGGGAUCACCUGACGUCAAGACAAGGCGCCAGGUCUGCGUCUGCCUCUCUACCAUCGCCAGGCACUCUGAAGCCCUCGCCCUGGAAAGCACCGCUCCAAACCAUCCCGAACAGUUCUGGACGGCUCUGAACCGUUACCCCUGCAAGUGUUGGACCAACCUGGAGCAACUCGUCUGCUGCACUGCCUGCACGCCUCAUCAGCAGCAGCGGAGGUCGGUGUCUGCCUCGCUACCAUCUCCAGGCACUCUGAAUCCUUCGCCCUG